CCACGCUCCCGCAAUCGAGCAACGUCUCGAGGGUUCGAUCUCCUACUUCGCCACGCACGGAGUCCCGUAAUCUCAGCCGUCCGAGCUCCUACUUUUCGCCCACGCGCCGAUCGAUCAACGGCUCGCCGGAAACACGGAGAAAAAAAACACCGCCCCGGUCUUCGCUUUCUGUCUGCAACAUUUCUUCUUCGUUCCAAGGCGUUCUUCAGUAUUCUCGUGGAGCGAUCCGACUCAGCGAUUCGGGAUGAGUCAGGGCGUCUUGAGGUCGUUGGCGCGAAGCUUCGUCAAUGGCGGCAACCGCGGCGGCGGCGGCGGCCGGUACGUCCUCGGGACGUUCGAGGCGGAAUUCGGACGGCGGCCGGGGGGCGUCUCCUGCGGAGUGAUCUACGCGAGGAGGAUGCUGAGCUCCUCCGCGACGGAGCCUGCUCCGAUCGAUAAGGAGAAGAAGCAGAGUGCGAGUGCGGAAGAGGAGGAGGAGAAGAAGAAGAACGGCGGAGGUGCGGUGGUUCCUUCGAGCUACUGGGGGAUAUCGAGGCCUAAGAUCACUAGAGAGGACGGUACCGAGUGGCCUUGGAAUUGCUUCAUGCCUUGGGAAACUUACAGGGCAGACCUAUCGAUCGACUUGGAAAAGCACCACUUGCCGAAGACAUUUUCGGAUAAAUUUGCAUAUCGUACGGUGAAGCUGCUGCGAGUUCCUACUGAUAUUUUCUUUCAGAGACGCUAUGGGUGUCGCGCAAUGAUGCUUGAAACUGUAGCAGCUGUUCCGGGAAUGGUGGGGGGAAUGCUACUGCACCUGAGGUCUCUCCGCAAGUUUGAACAUAGUGGUGGUUGGGUCAAAGCCCUGCUGGAAGAAGCGGAGAAUGAAAGGAUGCACCUGAUGACGAUGGUGGAGCUUGUGAAACCGAAAUGGUACGAGAGGCUGCUGGUUCUUUCAGUGCAAGGAGUAUUCUUCAAUGCUUACUUCGUCCUCUAUUUGCUCUCCCCUAAAUUAGCACAUAGAGUUGUUGGCUAUCUGGAAGAGGAGGCCAUUCACUCAUAUACAGAGUACUUGAAGGAUAUUAACAGUGGUGCGAUUGAAAAUGUUCCUGCUCCGGCUAUUGCCAUUGACUACUGGAGGUUACCUAAGGAUGCAACUCUGAAGGACGUGAUUACAGUUAUCCGUGCUGAUGAAGCUCAUCAUCGUGACGUCAACCACUUUGCUUCUGACAUUCAUUUCCAGGGAAGGAAAUUGAAGGAUUCCCCAGCUCCGCUUGGUUAUCACUGAAUAAAUUAGUUCCCAUCUGAAAGAGGCAUACCUUGUUGUGUGUGCCACCCCCAGCCAUAAUCGACUGUGAAACUUCGAUUAGGCUUGAUGAUUUUCCUCCGUCGGAAGUUGAAAUUUACUCAGUUGUGAAUUGUAUUGAUCGUGCAUUCCAUGUGGUAGAGCGCAUGUCUGGCCUCCAAGAACCAGAUUAAAUCGCAUCCUAAUACUGAUGUAAAUAGCUUUGUAUGGAAGAUGUUUAUCAGCUUAUGAUAUUAGUGUGUAUGGUAUUGAAUUCAUUAA